AUGGCGGCCGCCGCCCUCCUGAUCCCUCUGCUCGCGUCCACCCUCCUCGUCGUCUCCGGCGCCACCGCCGCCAGUGUCUCCUCCGGCCCGGCGCUGCCGCCGCUGGCCGACCGCGUCCGCCUGGCUUCGGCGUCCUUCUCCUCCUUCCCGCAGACGGCGGGCGGAGAAGGGGAGCAGCAGCAAGGGGGGUGGUCUUGGCUGGCGGAGUGCUGGGGGGCCGUGGCGGAGCUGCGGGCGUGCACGGACGAGAUGGUGCUCUUCUUCCUCAACGGCCAGUCCUACCUGGGCCGCCCCUGCUGCCUCGCCAUCCGCACCGUCACGGCCCACUGCUGGCCCGCCAUGCUCGACGCCGUCGGAUUCACGGCCCGCGAGGCCGACGUCCUACGCGGCUUCUGCGACGCCGAGAUCUCUUCCGGGGCGCCUCCGCCUCCGCCGUCUCCUGCGACUACGAUAACGGCGCCGGCGCCGGCCAAGCACGCUUGAGAUGAACCGUCGGACGACUAUAGCUAGUGCAGUCCUGAUCUGCUGCACGUGCGAUAAUUGUUAGUAGGAAUAAAAAGGUGCCUUUGAAAUAAAUCAAUUUCGUGCAUAUAUAUACGUUGUUUGUCUCGUGAGUGGCACAAAAUCGAUAUAAGCCUGCAAUCGAAAAUUUUGGGUCCCUUUUCGAAAAAAAGGCAGCAUAUUUUUUUUAGAAAUAAAUAUAAUCAAGAAAAAAAACAUAGAUGGGCCAGCAGCCGGUCAGGGUCAGCCCAUCCAUCUGGGCCGAUGCGGCCAGGUCUGCGAAGCAGGCCAGACCGCCAAAGCCCACAAUGCACCGUCCGCUCAGGGAGAGAGAUCGAUAUGCAUCGCACUCACGUCCUCUCAAAAAAAAAAACGCACUCACGUCCUCUCCGAAAUCGAUCGUACAGACAAGAUGGAUAUACGUGCAGCGAUCAUGGAGUGGUUGCAGAUUCACAUCUGCACUAAUUAAUUAUUGCCCCAUGUGGACUAUCCGAAUAAUUGAGAUUGCUUUGCAAGCAAGGGACGGGCCACGAAAUGAUCGUGAUUUGAUUUGGUUAAUUAUAUUAGGUUCUCUUUUUGGCAUUGGAUCAGCAGUGUCGACAUUUAUAUGCGUGCUAAUACCUCGAUUGAUCGAGAUGGUAUGAUCCAAUUAACCACAUGAGUUGAAGUUAAUUUCUUGGAUACACAUAAAACACGGCCAUAUAUGUGAAUCCUCUUGAUGCCAAACUGACCUGGAUCAGAAGCACCUAGCUUAACUACCAUCUGGCCUGUAUGUCUCUGCAGGAGGUAAAACCAUACCUCUUUUGGCCUCAAUGGCCUACGAUCGAAUCACAUCACUAAAGAGCAACAACACCACCUUUGAGUACAAGAGUUUAUUAAGAGUUUAAGAUUGCUAAUGAUAUGUGUAUAUAGGCGAAGCGUCUCCUUCGUAAAGAUCGACCAUCUAUUUUCUGUGUGCUCAUUCAACUGGCCCACAAUCUGUAUGUACCCGUGAUUUAAGGCUGCGUCUGGCAUCGUGAUGGAUUCUCAUAAUCCUGUUUUUCUCAUCCGUUUUUCACUAUUUUCGUGUUUGACUGACCAACUUUUUUCUACUUUCGCGUGUAUUUUUCCGCAACAGAUUAUAAAAUAAGUUCCGUGCAACACAGUUUAGCAAUGUCAAAUUGAGCCUAAAUCGUAUACACCUUUGCAGAAAAAAGUAAAGAGUAUAUGAAAUACGUGUAAAAGACAGAUUUUUUUUAAACGUUUUUGGGAAGCUAGAAAAAAUACUAAGCCUACAGCCGAAGAUUUAUUUUCAUUUUUGUUGUAGUCUUGAUAGAAGACUAUUUUGUUUGUCUGCCUUGUCCUGUGUCGAGAGAAAUUGCACAAGGCUAGCGGUGAAAAUUAUGCAUGUACAUAUGGGCUUUAAUCAGUUGUUUGGCAUCACGAUCAGUACUGAAUCAACUUUAUGAUCAAGUGCUAAUACUUUAUCAGAUUCGCUCCAUUUUCUCCCAACCUCCAAUAGAUGGAGAUUACU